GCUGUUUCCUAGAAUUAACUGUAGUUUUUUUUUUUAGCCAAUGAGAAGACAGAUGGUGACUACAAUGUAUAAUGAUUUUAACUAUUAACAACAUCCAACUAAAAUUCUGAGGAGCUCCGCUUUUAGGCCUGGCUAAAUCUGUGUAUUAAAUAAUAUACCUGUGUGCAGUCCUGUGUGUACUGUGUACUUCAAACUGAGGCGUAAUGUCUUCGUACAUCUCAAAGACGCAACACUUGCUGUUAAUCAUAUGGCUUGCUGUCUUCGCCGCAUUUGCUUUGAUAGGUUUUCGAGAUUUCCUUACGAACUUGGAGGAGAACAGGUGUGAUAUGACAUGGAUGUACGAAUGGCCGCGGUACAUAAAAGUGCCUCUGUGGAAAGGAACAGCAAAACGUUUUCCAAAGUAUGCCUUAUACCUUUAUGGAGAAGGAGAAUAUGCAGAUAGAUCUAAAGGUCUUCGGUUGUCCGGAAUCCCCGUUCUUUUUAUUCCCGGCAGUGCAGGAAGUUACAAGCAAGCUCGAUCACUUGCGUCAGUAGCGUUAAGGAAGGCAGAAAGUCUGACAUCUAAAGUCCAUUUUAAUUACUUUACGGCUGAUUUAGAUGAAUCGCUGUCUGGCUUAUUUGGAGGUGUAUUGUAUGAACAAACUGAAUUUAUAAGAGUUUGUGUGACACGGAUCCUCUGGUUAUACAUGUAUGAGAAGAUCAAAAAUCCACCAACAUCUGUUGUACUUGUAGGGCAUUCAAUGGGUGGUUUGAUUGCAAGAGGUUUGUUUACGUUGCCAAAGUUUGAUCCAAGUGUUGUUCAUACAAUCAUUACCUUUGGAACACCUCAUUGCCAUCCUGUCCUGUCCCUUGAUCCACAGUUGGCGGACUAUUAUGAAACAGUAAACAGUUUUUGGAAAAGUCAAGCAUUUAGUAAUGAUACUGAAGCAAGAUUGAAGAAUAUAACUCUAGUGUCAGUGAGUGGUGGACUCAGAGAUGUGUUGGUGCGAUCAAGUCCCUCUUCCAUGAACCAUUUAGCUUCACAGUCGCAAGCUAUCAGUCUUGUGACAACUUCUGUACCAAAAGCAUGGCUCAGUGUUGACCACCUGUGCCUAUGCUGGUGUCGACAACUAGUGCUAGUGACUAACCGUGCAUUAUUUGAUAUGAUUGAUCCAAGGAAGGGACAAAUAAUGGAAAAUAAGCAACAUAGAAUGAAAAUUUUUGAGCAUUACUUUGUCAAGAAUCCAGGACAAUCAGCAGUUACUCUCAGUAAUACUAGCAAUGUACUCAUAAAAAGAACAGAUAAGGAUUUUAGUCUAGUUGUUUUGCAUAAGAGGCUGUGGAGAUUCAAAGGAAGUGGCAAAACUGUAAAUGAACAAAACCUUUUUCUAUUUUCUAAAGAUGAAUGGUCUGCAACACAUGAUUAUUUAAUGAUAAUCACAACCAUCGACUCUGACCAGUGGUUAUAUGGGUGUCAGGAGGUUUCUGGUCAAGCUUGUACUAACAUUUCAAGCUUAUCUCACCUUGCAGAGGUACUUCCUUGGGGUAGCUCAACAAUGAAGUAUGCAAAGCUUGAGCUCAAUCAUUUUCCAGAAAUACCAUAUUUUGCUGUUAGUAUACCCGAUUCAAGAAAAUCCACCAUUGUUUGGUCGGAGUAUCAAUCAUCCAGCGGCACAGAGUAUGAUGUGGAAUUACCAGGAGUGUUAUCUAAAAGGUCAAAGGUUCUUGAUAUUGCUUCUGAUUCUCUUUUUGCCAACAUAACUUUAAAAUCUGUAGUAAAGAGUUGGAAGGUGUACAUUUUUGACAUUGAACCCAUAGACUGUGAUACCAGAAGGUCAGUGUUGAUAGCAAGAAUUCAUGUACCCUGGUUCAAUGAAGAUGUGUACAAUUUCUCAAGCAAUGGUUCAACAAAACUUGUAUUAAAAUUACAUCACCCAAAGCCAAAAGGAAACAAACACCAUGUCCAGAUGCAUCUGUGGUUAGAUCCGAAGUGUUCAUAUAGAGUGAGUGCUCAAUAUGACUUUUAUCAAACACUUGGCCAGAUAUACAGAUUUUAUGCGGUACAGCUCUUUUGUUGGACAUUUGCAAUUGUAUUGCUAGUGUUUGCAUGGCAGCUCUCAUCAAUCAGCAUUGAACAACAGUGUGAGUCAUUCUUCAGUCUGAUUUCAAAUGUGUCAAAGAGCCUCAGAGGUCUGCUUCUGGUUGCACAAAGUCAUUUCUUUGUCUCACAAUUUGUUCUUGCAUUUUUUUUACUGAAUGGUGAGAGUGGCCAACAUAGCUGGCUUCCGAACAUUGAUGACUUGAAGACCUUUAUUUGGUUGCUGCCACUGGUUCUAAUCAUAUCAACAGCUGUAAUUAUUGUCAUUGCUUUAUUUGUGUGGACUGGCCUGUUUGUAAGGUUUGGUGGUUUAAUUUUAAGUCAUUUGAAAUUGUCACUUUAUGUGCAAACUGGAAUUGGAGUUAAGGACUGGAUAUGUGGAACUGUCAUCAUUAUAAUAUCACUUCUUUUCUGUGGAACUUUGAGCCUUAUUUUGAUCUUCAUUUUGUGUCUUUGGAGAACUUGGAAAUAUGCCGCUCUUGUUAAGAUAUGCAAGAGUCAAUUACCUAAGCAGAGAAACCAUAGGCAGAUAACCAUAAUAGAAAGCCUGGAAAACUUUGGCUUGACUUUGUGUGUGCUGAUUUUGCUACUGAUCAUUAUUAAUUUCCCAGCGUUGGUAGUCUGGGCAAAAAACUUGACAUUUUCUUACCAUCUUCAUUCAGAUCACACCACUUUAAUUUCAAUUAUUAUUGGUGUAAACAUGAUUGGAUUUCAGCCACUGAUAAAGGUUCCUUGUUCUCUGGUGUACCUGUGCUUUGUAACAAGUAUUGCUAUGACACAAGCUGCAAUCAUCCCUCUGCACAUGAUACCCUAUACUGUUUGCUUUCUUUUUACUGUGUUAAAUGUGUCUCAGUUUUUUGGUAGAUUUAAAAGGCAGAAAGAAGAUUGAAGCAACAGACAACACUAUAAACAGUUUUAUUAGUAAAAGACUACAGAUAUGCAAUAUUUAAUUCUCAAUUUCCUUUUGUAUUAUUUUUGCUUUUGUUAUGACUACAUGUAUUGUUAUUGAAACCCUUCUAUAAGGAAGUGUCAUAAAGUUAUACCUGUAUAUCGCUAUAGGAACCCAGAUGUAAUGCUAGCUGUUGACAUAUGAUUACCCAACCAAAGAGAAUUUACAUUUUGACAAUCCAAAUGAA